AUGACUGAAGACAUCGAACCAAAAAAUAUCGCUGCGGAGGUGACACCACAAGAGCCACAACCUAUCCAAGAAGAGGAAGAUCGGGAUGUUGAAAUGACCGGCGACGAGGAGCAAGAGGAUGAGCCAGACAGAGAAAAAAUCAAGCUGCUAACACAGGCCACCUCCGAGGAUGGCACCAACGCCUCUUUCCAGAUCGUAGAGGAGGACCACACGCUCGGUAAUGCUCUGCGUUACAUUAUAAUGAAAAACCCAGACGUGGAAUUCUGUGGUUACUCGAUACCUCAUCCUUCUGAAAACUUACUGAACAUCAGAAUCCAGACAUACGGUGAAAUCACCGCUGUGGACGCUCUUCAGAAGGGGCUAAAGGACCUGAUGGAUCUAUGUGACGUUGUGGAAGCAAAGUUCACCGAAAAAAUCAAGAGCAUGUAG